AUGAAAGACCCUCAAUUCCUUAAAGAUAGGGCAAUAUUGGCCCCUACACUAGAGGCUGUUGAAAUGAUAAACACAUACAUGCUUGGGAUGAUAGCUGCACCAGAGCAUGAAUAUCUGAGCUCCGACUCUGCCUUGCGAUCUGAUGAAGAUUCUGAAAUCCAAGGUGAGUGGUUUACCACCGAAUUUUUGAAUGACACUAAAAGUUCAGGAAUGCCUAACCAUAAACUUUUAUUGAAAGUUGGUACUCCAAUAAUGCUUUGGAGAAAUAUAGACCAAGCAGCAGGUUUAUGCAAUAAAACCAGGUUAAUUGGUGCAACUGUUAUCACGAGAACAAAUGUCAAUGACAAAGUGCACAUUUUAAGAAUGGACUUGUUUCCUUCUGAUUCCAAAUGUCCAAUUAAAUUCAGAAGAAGACAAUUUUCAAUUGCAAUGUGUUUUGCUAUGACCAUAAACAAGAGCCAAGGACAAACACUAUCUUAG